GCGCUCACAGUGUAACCAUCACAAUGAGCUUCUUCAGUUUUGGACAGAGUGCAGAAAUCGACGUGGUCCUGAAUGACGCUGAGACGAGGAAGAAAGCUGAACACAAGACAGAGGAUGGGAAGAAAGACAAAUACUUUCUUUUCUAUGAUGGAGAAACAGUCAGUGGGAAAGUGAAUGUGACAGUGAAGAACCCCGGAAAGAGGCUGGAGCACCAGGGCAUCAAAAUUGAAUUUGUGGGCCAAAUAGAGCUGUAUUACGACAGAGGAAACCAUCAUGAGUUUGUGUCCCUGGUGAAGGAUCUCGCAAGACCAGGUGAAAUGACUCAGUCGCAGACCUUCGACUUUGAGUUCACUCAUGUUGAAAAACCCUACGAGUCGUACACGGGCCAGAAUGUCAAGCUAAGAUAUUUCCUCCGUGCCACAGUGAUCAGAAGGCUGAACGACAUCAGUAAAGAGAUGGACAUUGUAGUCCACACACUGAGCACUUACCCUGAGCUCAACUCCUCCAUUAAAAUGGAAGUUGGGAUUGAAGAUUGUCUCCACAUUGAGUUUGAGUACAACAAAUCCAAGUACCACCUGAAAGAUGUAAUUGUGGGAAAAAUCUACUUCCUGCUGGUGAGGAUUAAGAUUAAGCACAUGGAGAUUGACAUCAUCAAACGGGAGACAACAGGCACCGGCCCGAGUGUGUACCACGAAAACGACACCAUCGCAAAGUACGAGAUCAUGGACGGAGCUCCGGUCAGAGGAGAGUCUAUUCCCAUCCGGUUAUUCCUGGCUGGUUAUGAUCUGACUCCCACCAUGAGAGACAUCAACAAAAAGUUCUCUGUGCGCUACUACCUGAACCUGGUGCUGAUCGACGAGGAGGAGAGACGCUACUUCAAACAGCAGGAAAUCACACUGUGGAGGAAAGGAGACGUGGUGAGGAAGAGCAUGUCCCAUCAGGCCGCCAUCGCCUCUCAGAGGUUCGAGGGCUCGGCCGCUUCGGAGAGCGCCCUGGAGCAGGCGGCGAAGGAGGAGAGCGGGUAGAAAACAGCGCACCCCGCAGUCUCUCCUCCCGCCGGACUCAUCACCAGCGUCUGUGGUGGAGGAACCUGUCGAGUGUACAACAUCUGGUGCGGCAGCUGCUUUUUAUUUGCAGCCGCUGCUUGUAAAGGGAGGAAGAAGGGAGCCGACAUAGAGCACCGCAGUUUGAGAACAAUGAAAACAGUUUGCAUGAGGCGUUCAGCGUGGCUUCAGGCUGCUGGUCCUGCCCUUCCUCAUUAAUGCUUUGUUUUUUCUCUAAUCAUCUAACGCCAUGUCCACUGUGUAAAAUCUCUUCUGUGAUAUUCUUACAUUUUUAAGCUCUCUCUUCGUUAAAAGUCCAAUUAAUGCUAUCUCGGGAUCAUUUCUAACCUUCUAUUUAAUGCAACUAAAAAGGUCAUUCAACAUUUUGUAUCUCCAACAUUCCACCUUAACAGAACUCAUUCCUAACACUGUUAUAAGGUCAAGAAGACAUCUGAGAUAACUUUGCACUGUUAAUGCUGAACACAUUUCUCUUUGGCUGUUUGCACAAAAACAAAAAUGAUCGAAACUGGAAUUUUUCUUUCCGUCAUUUAAAGCAAGAACAGUGAAGUAUUAAUCCCACUUUUGUUUUAUCUGUAAAUAUGACCAGCUCAAACCUUUAAUCCUGCUCCCCGGUCCAGCUUGUGUAACUUGAUUAUUCUGCACACGGUGCCACAACAAUGUCCUUCAUGUUCAUCUGCUUGACCUCAGCAUUCCAGUGGUGUUAGGGAAAAGGUCUGAUAAUGUGAAGUCGUCUGUAUCCUCUUUAUUAGGGACUCCAGAGUUGUGCCUAAGUGUAUCAAGCAAAUGAAAUCCUCCUGCCUCUAACAUAAUUUUAGUCUUUUAACCAGAGAAAAAGUGACAGUAGAACUAUCUAUCUUUUGCAAAAUGCUAAUCGAUUCUUCCUUGUCCCUGUAAGUCAAAUAAAAUGAUGCCAAAUGGAAAAUAAAAAGGUUCAGACUUG